AUGCCACCACUCCCAGCGGCCCGCAGCACCCUGCUGCGCCUCUGCCCACGGCAACAUGUCCCAUCCACCAUCACCCCCUCAAUCCUCGCUGCCACCCAACAACGGCGCUGCAAAGCCGACAUCGUCGAACGUCACUCGGGGGAAUACGAACGAACACCGCGCUUCGAGUCGCCGUUCAAAAACCGCGACGAGAAUCCUACAACGAAGAUACCGAGUUUUGCCAAUUAUAUGAGCAAGAAGGGCGAGACGUCGAAUAAGACGUUUCAAUAUUUUAUGGUUGGAGGAAUGGGGCUGUUGGCGGCGGCGGGGGCAAAGGCUACGGUGCAAGACUUCCUAGUCAACAUGUCCGCCUCCGCCGACGUGCUCGCGCAAGCCAAGGUCGAGAUCGACUUGGCCGCCAUACCUGAGGGCAAGAACGUAAUCAUCAAAUGGCGCGGCAAGCCCGUCUUCAUCCGCCACCGCACGGCCGACGAAAUCAAAGCAGCCGAAGACACAAAGUGGGAAUCGCUACGAGACCCGCAACCGGACUCCGACCGCGUCAAGAAGCCCGAAUGGCUCAUAAUGCUGGGCGUAUGCACGCACCUCGGCUGCGUCCCCAUUGGCGAAUCCGGCGACUUCGGCGGCUGGUUCUGCCCCUGCCACGGCUCGCACUACGACAUCUCCGGGCGGGCGCGCAAGGGCCCCGCGCCGCUGAACCUGGCCGUGCCCGAGUACGACUUCUCGGAGGACGAGAAGGUGGUGAUCGGAUGA